UCAACAACAGCACAACAAACUCUAGUCAAAAUGUACAAAUUUAUCGUCUUUGCAUCUAUCAUUGCUUGCGCCUUUGCCGCUGUUGCUCAUUCGGGCGAUGAUCAUCAUGCGGAAAUUGUUAAUCUAAAAUCCGAUGUACGUGAGGAUGGUUUCGAUUAUGCCUUGGAAACCUCCAACACCAUACAUCAACAAGCUUCGGGUGAUGUGCAUGGCAACAUCCAUGGCUCCUAUGAAUAUGUCUCACCUGAAGGAGAACACAUCAAGGUUAGCUAUGUUGCCGAUGAGAAUGGUUAUCAUCCUGAGAGUGCUGUAUUACCUACACCACCACCUGUACCAGCUGCCAUCUUGAAGGCCAUUGAAUAUAUUCGGGCUCAUCCUCCCAAAGAAGUUCAUGGUCAACAUUAAACAAGGGA